CGUGGCUGCGUGGCGCUUACGUCACGUCCGCUGGGCGGGGUCUCAGUUAUCCCGCGCAAAUUGAAAGGUUCGGCCUUCGGCGUGGAACUGCUGCCGAGCCUGCGUGCAACGCCUGCCUUAGUUGCUCUGGUCCAAGCCAAAGGAAACAGGCGUGUGGAAUGAGCUUGUGGCUGCGCCUGCGCAUCCCUCUAAGACCGGAGUAACGCGGGACGUUGCUGCAGUUCUUGUUCCUCGAGUGCCCGGGUGUCUUCCUGAGUUGAUAUGUGCCAUAUGGCACACACCCAAUUCCUGCUUUGCCAAAGAGGAGAUGCUUACUCGAGGACAUUUACCUGGCCUAGAAGAAACGUAUCAAAAUUUCAGGAAAUGUAUAUUAUGUCUGUUUUCUUCUCUGUGAUAGUAGACUGUUUCUCUCAAAGUGUGGCUUGAAGACCACCUGCAUCCAAAAUUGCCUGCGACACCCCAGAACUAGUGCAGCAUAGUCACUGGGGUGGAGUGGAAAUUCUGCAAACUGCUGGACUAGAACAUCAGAACUCUAAUAGUGUCAGAAGGGCAGUUAAUUUGGCACUAUGGGGAUACAAGGAUUGCUACAAUUUAUCAAAGAAGCUUCUGAACCCAUCCACGUGAGGAAAUAUAAAGGGCAGGUAGUAGCUGUGGAUACCUAUUGCUGGCUUCACAAAGGAGCCAUUGCUUGUGCUGAAAAACUAGCCAAAGGUGAACCUACUGAUAAGUAUGUAGGAUUUUGUAUGAAAUUUGUAAAUAUGCUGCUGUCUCAUGGCAUCAAGCCUAUUCUUAUAUUUGAUGGAUGUACUUUACCUUCUAAAAAGGAAGUAGAGAGGUCUAGAAGAGAAAGGCGACAAUCCAAUCUUCUUAAGGGAAAGCAGCUUCUUCGUGAGGGGAAAGUCUCAGAAGCCCGAGAAUGUUUUACUCGUUCUAUCAAUAUCACACAUGCUAUGGCCCACAAAGUUAUUAAAGCAGCCCGCACUCUGGGGGUAGACUGCCUCGUCGCUCCCUAUGAAGCUGAUGCGCAGUUGGCCUAUCUUAACAAAGCUGGUAUUGUACAAGCUAUAAUCACAGAGGACUCUGAUCUCCUAGCUUUUGGCUGUAAGAAGGUAAUUUUAAAAAUGGACCAGUUUGGAAAUGGACUAGAAAUUGAUCAGUCUCGGCUAGGAAUGUGCAGACAGCUUGGGGAUGUAUUCACAGAAGAGAAGUUCCGUUAUAUGUGUAUUCUUUCUGGCUGUGACUAUCUCUCAUCACUGCGUGGGAUUGGAUUAGCAAAGGCAUGUAAAGUGCUGAGACUGGCCAAUAAUCCAGAUAUUGAAAAGGUUAUCAAGAAAAUCGGGCAUUAUCUCAAGAUGAAUAUAACAGUGCCGGAGGAUUACAUCAAAGGAUUCAUUCGAGCCAACAAUACUUUUCUUUAUCAACUAGUUUUUGAUCCCAUCAAAAGGAAACUUGUCCCCCUGAAUGCCUAUGAAGAUGACAUUGAUCCUGAAACACUAACCUAUGCUGGACAAUACAUUGAUGACUCUAUAGCUCUUCAAAUAGCACUUGGAAAUAAAGAUAUAAAUACUUUUGAACAGAUUGAUGACUACAAUCCAGACACAGCUAUGCCUUCCCUCCUAAGAAGUCAUAGUUGGGAUGACAAAGCAUGUCAAAAGUCACCUGCUGUUAACAGCAUUUGGCAUAGGAAUUAUCGCCCUACACUUGAAAUGAAUAUUGUUUCAGAUGUUACACGGUUGGAAGAAAAGCCAAGUACGGUGGGCAUGAAACAAGUGAUUAGUACUAAAGGGUUAAAUCUUCCAAGGAAGUCAUCCUUGGUGAAAAGACCAAGAAGUGAAGAGCUAUCAGAAGAUGAUCUGUUGAAUCAGUACUUUUCAUUUGCAAAGAAGACCAAGAAAAAUGGCUGUGAAAAUAAUAAAUCAUUGAACUCUUCUGAAAUGUUUGUGCCUGAUCUGAGAAAUGGAACUAUUCACACAGAAAGCUUAAAUACACCACCUAGGACAAGAAAUAAAUUUGCAACAUUUUUACAGAGAAAGAACGAAGAGAGUGGUGCAGUUGUAGUUCCAGGGACCAGAAGCAGGUAUAGUUACAUCUUCAGAAUGUUGGUUUGUCUGUUGUAUUAUGUACUGUAUUGGUAUUUAUUUUGUCUGGAAUUAACAUUGACUCCAAAGGUAGGACCUGUUUUGGCCUAAUUACAGUUAUAUCUU